GUCACGUGAUCAGCUGUGUCCAAUCACAGCUGAUCACAUGACACUAAUGAUCAGUGUGCCCUGAUGAUCUGUGUAGCCCCAUCAGUGCCAGCUGUCAGUGCCAAUCAAUGCCACAUAUCAGUGCCUAUCAGUGCACAUCAAUGUCACAUAUCAGUGCCCAUCCGAGUUACCUUUCAGUGUUACCUAUCAGUGCCACCUUUCAAUGCCAGUCAGUGCUACCUAUCAGUGCCUGUUAGUGCCGCCUAUCAGUGCCCGUCAGUGCUGACUAUCAGUGCCAUAUAUGAGUGCUGC